AUGAAUAAUUCCAAAGAUAGAAUGGAUAGCAUAGCUGGAGGAAAAAGUAUGGCAAAUGUAAAUUCUGACAAUAUAAAGCUUGGUGAUGAAGUAGUAACUGAUGAUUUUCCCACAGUUGUUACAACAUCAGAUUUGAAUACUAAGCUGCUACUAGUCUCAGUUGUCUAUCUGAUUCUUGACUCUAGAGGAAGUGUCAUCCCUGCUAAGUCUAGCUGUCUUGAGGCCGUAUCAGCUGCAUAUGCCCAAAAUGGAAUGCUUGUUGAGAAAAGUACUGCAAAAGAUUUGACCAACAGAGAAUACCAUGCUUGUUUAGAACCUGACUAUAUCACUGACUGCCUUGCCACACAUUCACAAGAUCACAGUUUUGAUAAACUGCCAGAGUUAUCCACUAUGUCUGCUCUACAUUUAAAGAAUCACUACAGGUUGCCUCCAUUUUGUGUCAAGAAAGCUCAUAUGAAUAUCUCUAAAUGUGCUUCUGAUUCAGCCGUUUCCAUGCAUAGGCACAAUACCAGUGGUUUGUCUCUGCAAAACAUCCCUGAUGUAGCUAAGCAAAAAAUUCUGCAAAAUCCAGUGGAAGUGUCAGCAUUUCACAACAUAGUCAGGGACCUGACAAACAGAAGGAAGAAAAUACUUAGCAGUGAAGACAUGAUGAACAAAAGAACUAAGCAAAAGAAACUCCAGAAUAAAAAACAGAAGAAAACGAUUUCUGUUUCUGCAUCCAGAACAAAGAGCAUAGAGACUAAUGCAUCAGAGUUUAGACUGAGUCCAGAAAGUCUAGACAGAGUGUACCACAACAGAUGUAGCAGAGUAGGGUCAGGGUCAUUAUCUACAGCCCCCCUGCAUUCCGAGUCUGGACUUACUGGUACUACACACAGAGUUUUGUCUGGUAGUUUUAUUAACAGAAAAACAAGAAGAGGCUUGAGACGAGAAAGCAGAGCUCUCUCUGCUUGCUAAGGAACUGUGAACAGCAUGCUUGUGAGCUUCUUGUAGUUGGUGAUUUUUUCAGGGAUUGAUGUUCACACAUUAACCAAAGAAUAUGCACAGUAGCUAGAUUUUGCACUGUAAAAGUAGUAUUUGUGUUUCAUUCAGAUACUAAUAAAAUAAUGGAAGUAAAAUCUUGUUUAUAAAAAUAUGUCAGGGCUGAUAAAUGAUAAAACUAGACAAAAGUUCAAAGGAUAUGUCACCAUAGUCUGGUCCGUGGCAUAGAGAGAAGGAGCCCUGCCUACAACCCAUGCAUCUGGGGUUCAUUUAGUGGCUUCAGCAUUGGAGAAGCUGACAAGUGAGUGAAAGACAAAAAAAGUGUUGCUAUUGCAAUAAUUACCAUUAACUGCUUUUGUUUGAGUCUCCAAACUACUGCAGUUCACUUUUUCUUUAGUUUGUUAGCAACCUUCUGUUCAGCAGCGUUUUGUCAGAAGUGUGCCAGCUUCAUCAGUAUGGUUUCUAUUUUCAGUGAUGUAUAGUAACCAUUGCAGCAGUUCUUUCUGACAUGCACAGUUUUUAUGUAUUAGCAGUCUUCAUACAUUAUGCUGCUGAAGCAAAUGUGCUCUUCAGAGAUCCUACCUUCUAAUAUAGUGUGUACCUGACCCGACAUGGUGUAAUUCUGGUUUCUAUGCCUUUCUUCAAGACCUGGAGCUGUGUUUUUAAGACUGUCUGUUAAAUUAUCUCACAAAAUAUGAAGAGAUAUGAGUUUGCAUAAGCUUGGAACAAGACAGCCAAGCAAACCCUCAUUAGUAUAAUAUAAAACUGUAAAUCAAAGUUUUGUGUUUCCAUUUGUACUACCAAUAAAUUAUACACUUUCCCAAAGAUUCAUUAUCAAGCUACCUCAUCUCAUUAAUGGUCAAAUUAAAGAGGUCAUGCUUCCAUGAUGCAGCAUUUUGCAAUUCAUAGAUGCAUAAGCAACGAGGAAAGACCUCAUUAUCAGCUACUUUGCAUGUCUAUGAAUCGCAGUUAACUACCACAGAGUACAGAUCAACAGUAGUUAAGUGUUUGCAGCCGCAUCAUGUAAGCAAAGGCACCUCCAUCCACUCUGCUACACACACUGCACACAUUCAAACACAGACACACACCACAGACCCCAUACCUCUCCCUGUGUUGUCUGAACGUACCCAAUGUGUCCUUUACCUGCCCUUGUAAAUCACAGAAGAUUUCAGUCAGUCAUUAAUGCUAGGCAAUAGAACUGCACAUGUCCUCUCUGUGAGUACAUACAAUGUAUCCCUGGUGUAUAGCAGCCACCCUCCACCCCGACACAUGAAUAAUUAAGCUAGUAUCCGUGGUGUCCAGUAAUUCCCUCCGAGCUCAUAUUAAUUGCAAGUGCCACCCAUACAUGCCUAUAGAGUUAUCCCUGGUGGUUCCCUCAACUGUGAUCCAAUAUUGUUUUAAGUGCUGCUCAGGCACAAGUAUUAUCCCAGGUGAUUAGUGGUCCCCCCAAUUAACUUACUUUUUAAGUGCCACUCAGGAAUGCCUGUAAAGAGUUUUCCACUGGUUUCUAGUGAUUUCCCUCUACCCAGUAUUGCGGGCUCUGCUCAUUAGUCUGUAGGUGUGUGGAUGUAUGACAGCCACACACACACACUCACAAAAUAGCCUUGUCCCCAAACAAUUGCUGUCCAGGCACACCUCCCCAUUCAUUCAUAUGUACAUACACACUUGCGUAACAUACCCUCUCACUAACUCUCUGACCACUGCCUCUCAAGCAGAAACACACACACAGCCCCUUGCAUAUGCACAUGUGUGCAUAGAUACACAGAUACACACACACCCCUCCUAAAGCUACCCUACCACUAAAUUGCCCAGCACUUACCUCUACCACAGUGGAUAAAUGUGGCUACCAUGAAGUGCAAGGUAGUGUCCUUGUUAAUCUAGCAUAUUCCUUUCCCCUGGAAUUCCUCAUUAGCAUCUAACAGCCAUGGAAGCAGCAUAUGCAGUGCUGCACAUAUAUUACUUUUGGUAAUUUUAUAAGACUGACGUGAUUUUUUAUAGCUUUUAGAAUAUUUCAGUAAGAGGUGCUGGCUGCUGAAUGAAAACGUCUUGCUUAGAAGCCUGAUAAGGGACAUUGAUAUGAAUAUGGCAGUAUUUAAUAAACCUCUCUGUUAGUCAUUGGAGGCAAUGAAUAUGCCGCCAGUGGAUUGUUGUAUUUGCAAGUUCAGGUUUAGCAAGUAGUAUCUUGUGAGUUUUCACUCAUUUUGCUCAUAUGAAAAGUUUGGUUAGGAAUAUUGUGUGGGUUUUCACUCAUCACUGGCAAUUUAAUACAAGAAUCUGGGGAAUCAGUGCUGUCAUACAUGAGGUUUUGUGUUGACUAUGUGAACUGUUUUAAAGUGACUGGUUGCAGUGUUUUAAUAGUUACUAUCAAAGUUGAUCUCUGGUCUGUGAUAGAUGGCCAAGUAGUUUUAAUAGUUAAUAUCAAAGUCAAUCUCUGGUCUGUGAUAGAUGGACAAGUAUAACUCAGCUAUACAGUAACUACACUUCUGGCUGUGUUCUUUUUUGGUCACAGUAUACCCCUGGGAAGGACGAUAAAAUUUUUUUAUGAUGAUAAAUUAUCAUUGAGCAGCAUACCAAAUGUAUGAUUGCCUGUGAUUUGUUGAGAUUUUUCUUUUAGUUGUGAAUUAGUUUUUCUUUAUAGUUUUUUAAAUAUAUUGGAUGGGUGAAUAGAAGUGCUGUUUAUAAAGAUACUUUUUUGAGAUUAUGUUUCAUUUGUCUAGUGCAGGUUAUGAGUUCUGGUGUGCUUGUUAAAGGGGUGUGUGUGUGUGUGUGUGGUCCUGUUACAUGGCUCAGCUUAUUGUAUAUAUAUUAAGUGAUAAAGUGCUGUAAGUAGAGUGAAGCUUCAAGAUUCAGUGUUAAGACUGAGACUGGACAUGUCAACAUGCAUGCUACAUUGGUUACAGUAGUUUGCAAUAUAGUUGAUGGUGAGUUUGUUUGUUUUUUAUGUCCUAGUAUACAGAGUAAGAUACUGUUUAAGAGAAUGAUUAGAUAUUGCAAUGCUGUUGACCAGAUGUGAUUUAAUAUAUAAUUGAGGAACUAAGAGUGAAUGUCAACGUUUCAGCCCUUUCUUCCACCUGCUUUGUAAAUUUAUGAAGGAUGUUACAGUCAAGGAAUUGGAUUAAGUUGGAUAUAUAGAUGCAUAAAGGGUAAAUAUGGUCUUGGAAAGGGCUAAUUAAGAUGUAUAAUAUGCUGUUAUGUGCCAUGAACACCUAAUUCAUGCUACUCUGGAUUACUUAAUAUUGAAUUGUCGAGUAUUUUAUUUUUAAGUAUAAAAAGGGAGGUUACUGUGGUGUUUUAACACUUGAGAAACCAGUGUAACAUGCAAGUUGACAUUUCCACUCUUAACACUAAAUCUUAAAGCUUCAAUUUAUUU